UUUUUUUCCUAUAUAAAGUCUACAAUCUAAUUAGCAAAUUCAAUCACAAAUUUACUAUCAAACUUCUUCAAAUUAAAUUACAUAUAGUUUGUGUUUGAUUAAGAGAAAUAUGGCACAUAAGGGUACUAGCCAAGGCCAAUUGCACCUAAUUGAUGAACAUGGAAAUCGAGUUCAUCAAAUUGAUGAUCCCAAUGCAAUUCAAGGUAUAUCUAUGGGGUUCGCCCCUGCUGGUACAAGCUCUGAUAUUAUGAAAAAAGAUCACCAUGAGGGACAACAACUUCGUCAUUCUUGUAGCUCUAAUUCAAGUUCCUCUGAGGAUGAUGGAGAAAGAGGGAGGAGGAAGAAGAAAAAGGGCAUAAAAAAGAAGAUUAAAGAGACGUUGACCGGAGGCGCUGAAGAAGGUAUACAAACUACUAUUCCUAUUUCUAUUCCUACUCCGACUUCUAGUGGUGAAGUCGAAAAGAAAGGAAUAAUGGAGAAAAUCAAGGAGAAGAUCCCUGGAAUGCACUGAAUGAAUGUUAUAUUUCAAGUAUGUAUGUGUGUCGAUUUUUGACAAUUGAAGCCUAUACGAAUAUUUAUAAUGGUCCAAGAAAAUAGAAUCGUAAAUAAAUAAGGUAAGUUUCAUCGAUAAAAUUCCAUGUAUUUUGAUGAGUUGGAGUGAUAAAUCUCUCAUGUUUUUGGAUAUAAAUAUUCUAUAUUUUGUAUAGUUACAUAUAUAUAUAUAUAUAUAAUGUAUUGCUAAUAACUUCUAUUCUAAUUUAGAAUAUACGUUAUGUUGUUACAA